AUGUCGAUGAGAGCACCCAAGAUCGCUUGGGGCGGCCUGCCUAUCCGAGUUGGUGUGAUCGGUGGUUCAGGUCUCUACAAACUUGAUGGCAUCGAGAUCAUUGAUGUUGUGAAUCCUGAAACGCCAUGGGGCUACCCAUCGUGCCCUAUUUCCAUUGGUCGCACAGCCACUGGCACUCUCGUUGCCUUUCUCGCACGACACGGAACGCUGCACUCCAUCUCGCCUUCGCACGUCCCGUCAACAGCUAACAUUGCCGCUCUGAAACACCUCGGUGUUCGUGCCAUUCUUGCCUUCUCAGCUGUUGGCUCGCUUCGUGAGGAAAUUGCUCCCAAGGACUUUGUGAUUCCCUCGCAAAUUAUUGACCGCACCAAAGGUAUUCGUCGCUCUUCUUACUUCGGUGAGGGAAAGGAACACAGUGUCAUUGCACACGCACCAUUCGGUGACCCGUUUGACAGGAACCUUUCUCCAAUUGUUGAAAACAUUGUGCGCGAUACACUCAAGAACCACUCGCCCGACGUCAAAGUGCACAGCAAUAAGACGGUCGUUUGUAUGGAGGGCCCCGCGUUUUCAACGCGUGCUGAAUCCAACAUGUACCGUCAAUGGGGGGGUGACAUCAUCAACAUGUCUGCUCUCCCUGAAGCAAAGCUCGCUCGCGAAGCUGAGCUUAGCUAUGUACUCAUCGCUACGGCUACAGACUAUGACGCGUGGCGCGAGAGUUCCGAGACUGUUGACGUCGCUGAGGUUAUCAAGAGUCUUCACGCGAAUGCACAAGCUUCCCAAGUCGUCACAAUGGCGCUUAUCGACGAGGUUAGUUCUCUGGUGGGCAACGAUGAUUCGCAUUUCUUCACCAAAAUGCAUGGAAGCAUGAAGUCUAACAUCAUGACCAAUCCUGAUCAUCUGUCGACGGAAGUUAAGCAGCGCCUGCGUUACAUUCUGCCAUGGUAUCCUCAGUAA